UCUAAGCAAAAUAGAAAAUGGGUAUACUUGAAAACCUGUGGGACGACGUCGUGGCUGGUCCUCAACCUGAAGCCCGUGGCCGUGGCCAUCUCCGGCGAAUCUCCACCGGCUUGACCAGCUUGGACAAUACGAAAGGAACAACGGUGGGAGGAUCGGGGUCUCUUCCGGCGAGUCCGGCUACUCCGGUGACACCAGGAUCUGGCCGGAAAGUGGAUGUGUGGAGGAGUGUGUUUCAUCCGGCAAGUAAUGUGACCACAAGGGAGAUUGGUGCUAAUGUCUUUGACAAACCUUCUCAUCCUAAUUCUCCCACGGUUUAUGACUGGAUGUACAGCAGCGAGAGCAGGAGCAAACACCGUUGAAGUGCACUGUUAUCAACGGACCUUCAAAUUAAAUAAAUCAAGAUAUCAUGAAAUUAAUUAAGGCUUUGAUUGGCAAAAAAAACUUUUAAAACUGUAAGGGCUUUAGAGAAAAUUAAAGUGUGGUUGUUUUUUCUUUCAAGAUGAUUAAUAAU